UAAGUGCGACUAAAAUGGCGUUGGAUGACUCGACCGAAGUAUCAAAGGUCAUUAGUUGAUUGUAGAUAACUAAUAUUUUACUUGAAAAACAGGACUUUAUUUCAAUUCAUCUGCUUCGUAUUCCGCAUACUUAUGAAUUCGUGACGCGAUCCUCGAUUAAAUCCUGCUCUAGACCAAUGGAAGAAAUGAGUGCCCACUAUGGAGGUAGUGGAUUUAUUCAAUAGAUACAACGAGAAUUUAGGAUCGUACAUCUUUACGAGAUGGAUUGGCAAAUUAAUUACGGAAUAUCAAACAUCGAAAACCUUGUUUAUUAUUGCGGCAUUGGUUCUUAUAAUUUUAAUUGUCGUUUGUGUAAUUGUUCUUCGAAAAUGGAAAAACAAAGAAUUUCUCCCAGAAAUGAAAGAAUUCGUCGGAGUAGGUACAGGCAAGCCCAGAUUCAGAAAAAGGGACAAGGUCCUCUUUUACGGAAGAAAAAUGUUACGCAAAGUAAAAUCUAUCGGUGGACAAGUACAUGCAACAGGACAAGGAAAAAAACGAAAGGCAGUCAUGCGGUUUGCACGAAGAUUAUUGCAAUUAAAGAAAGAUUCCACGCCGCAACAAUUAAAAGUUUUGGAACCACCUGCUGAAUAUUUGGAAGAAGACCUAGGUCCUGGUGACAGAGUACCGCCAGAUGCUUUGUACAUGUUGCAAAGUAUUAGAGUAUUUGGUCAUUUUGAAAAGCCUGUAUUCUUGAAAUUAUGCAAGCAUACAGAAAUUAUGAGUUUACCAGCUGGUACCAGUUUAUUUAAAAUUGGGGAUCCGGAUGAAAAUUUAUUUAUUGUGCAGCAAGGCCUGGUCAAUGUUUAUAUUACAGGACCCGAUAGUUCCCAAAUAUCGUUAAAACUAGUGAAAACUGGGGAAUCUGUAACUAGUCUUCUUAGUUUCACGGACGUACUUACUGGGCAUACGAGUACCUACAAGACUGUAUCCGCUAGAACUGUCGAAAAUUCUAUAGUAGUCAAAUUACCGAUGAGCGCAUUUCAAGAGGUUUUUCAAGAUCAUCCUGAUGCGUUCGUUCGAGUUAUCCAGGUCAUUAUGGUUCGCCUCCAAAGAGUCACCUUUACCGCUUUACACCAAUAUCUUGGAUUGUCUGCGGAAUUAGUUAAUCAAGGAACACACAAAAAGAAACAGAGUCCAUUUUCUGGAUCACCGGUUAGAUCGAGAACUAAAGAAAAUUUCGCUACGCCAAAUACGGAAUAUCAAUCCUCUGUAUCAACUACUAUUUCAUCGGAGCAACACGAUGCAUGUGAAAUGCUUCAGCGCGAUACUUCUACUUCGAGUAGUCCUCAAUCCGUACCUAUCGUUAUCAAUCGACGGCCAAAGACUAGUUUUGAUUGGAAAAAUCAAAAUUUAAGCCCACAAUUGGAUCAGAAUUCAGCAAAUAUGGUACCAGAAUGUGAUUCUCAUUGGGCAAAUUCUUCGCCUGCAACAUCGCAACAAUCAUACCAAGGAUCGCAACCGGACGUUGUAAACACAGGCAAUUCUUACCCAAGCAAAAAACGAUCCACAACUAUCGAACCAAUCCCGCAACAAUUAGACGAAUCGCAUCUUGUUCAAAUAGCUACCGAAGCAUUCGUGAGAGAACUUGGUUUAGAAGACGAAUCGAUACUUAAGGAUGGCAAGGUUCAAAUUAGAGAAGUACCUGCUGGAACUUAUCUAAUGAAAGAAGAAUCUCAUAAGGAUGUUGCUCUCGUCUAUGUCGUAUCCGGUUUAUUAACUGUUAGUCAACGCGUUUCGGAAGGCAGAGAUGUAGGUCAAGAAGUUCACAUGUUUAGCGCUCAUCAAGGUGAAAUUGUUGGAGGAUUGGCUGUUUUAACCGGAGAGCCUUCUUUCUAUACCAUUAGAGCAAAACAUCCUAGUCGCAUCGCGCUUCUUAGUAAAUCAACAUUCUUUGCCAUUAUGAGAGAACAACCUACCGUUGUAUUACACGUAGCUCACUCGGUUGUCCGAAGGCUUAGUCCUUUCGUUAGACAGGUUGAUUUUGCUCUCGACUGGCUAUUUCUUGAAAGUGGAAGAGCAGUGUAUAGACAAGGCGAUGAAUCGGACUCUACGUUUAUUGUACUAAGUGGCCGACUUCGGUCGGUGAUUACGUAUGAAAAUGGAAAGAAAGAACUCGUUGCGGAAUAUGGGAAGGGAGACCUAGUAGGUAUCGUAGAAAUGGUCACGCAAACUCCACGAUCAACAACAGUAAUGGCGGUACGAGACUCUGAACUGGCAAAACUUCCCGAAGGAUUGUUUAAUGUGAUCAAACUUCGUUACCCCAUAGUAGUCACAAGGCUUAUAAAUUUACUUGGGCACCGUAUUCUUGGGUCUUGGCAACAGCCACACUCGAAAGGUGGCAGCAGUGAUAAGCAGCGAGCUGCUGCGACAAUUGAUACGAGACCAGCUCAAGUAAAUUUCUCAACUGUAGCUAUAGUCCCAGUAUCUGAUGAUGUACCAUUAACUGCAUUUACAUACGAACUGUAUCAUUCGUUGUGUGCUAUCGGACCUUGUUUACGCCUCACUUCAGAUGUUGUCCGAAAAACUCUAGGUAGCACUAUUAUGGAACCCGCGAAUGAAUAUCGUUUAACAUCAUGGCUCGCGCAACAAGAAGAUCAACACCGAAUUUCAUUGUAUCAAUGUGAUCCAACGUACACAUUGUGGACUCAACGAUGCGUUCGACAGGCGGACUGCAUUUUUAUUGUCGGUUUGGGAGAUAGGCCUCCUUCCAUAGGUAGAACAGAACGCGAAAUCGAACGCUUGGUAAUGAGAACGCAAAAGGAAUUAGUUCUUUUGCACAAAGAACAGAGCGGACAGCGGCCAACGAAUACAGUGGAGUGGUUGAAUAUGAGAUCUUGGAUUUCUAGUCAUCAUCACAUUUUGUGCCCUAAACGAAUGUUCACCAGGAGAUCUCAAUAUAGAAUUAAUGAAUUAUAUUCCAAGGUUCUUAUGUCAGAGCCAAAUGUUCAUAGUGACUUUAGUAGACUCGCUCGGUGGUUAACUGGAACUUCGGUUGGCCUAGUACUCGGAGGUGGUGGUGCUAGAGGUGCAGCCCAUGUAGGUAUGCUUAAAGCGGUCAUCGAAGCUGGAAUACCCAUAGACAUGGUCGGUGGAGUUAGCAUCGGUGCUUUUAUGGGCGCAUUGUAUUGCAUGGAAAAGAAUAUUACGACGACAACUCAGAAAGCUCGCGAAUGGUCUAAGAAAAUGACACAGUGGUGGAGGCAAAUAAUGGACUUGACGUACCCUGUGACAUCCAUGUUCUCUGGAAAAGAUUUUAAUAAAACAAUUCAGGCAACAUUUGGCGAUACAUACAUAGAGGACCUGUGGUUACCGUAUUUUACAAUAACUACAGACAUCACUGACUCUUGUAUGCGUACACACACGCACGGAUCGCUGUGGCGGUACAUUCGGGCUUCGAUGUCUUUGUCUGGUUAUAUGCCACCCAUGUGUGACCCAGUUGACGGCCAUCUCCUGCUCGACGGCGGGUACGUCAAUAACCUUCCAGCUGACGAAAUGUUGAGACAAGGAGCACAUCAUAUUUUGGCAAUCGACGUUGGGUCACAGGAUGACACGGAUUUAACAAAUUAUGGAGAUUCUUUGUCCGGUUGGUGGCUAUUGUGGAAACGUUGGAAUCCUUUCGCAACGCCCGUUAAAGUACCGAAUUUGCCUGAUAUACAAUCGAGGCUGGCGUACGUAAGUUGCGUACGGCAAUUGGAGGAAGUGAAAAACUCUGAUUAUUGCGAAUAUAUCAGGCCACCGAUAGAUAAAUAUAAAACUCUUCAGUUUACAAAUUUUGACGAGAUUAAAGAUGUCGGAUAUCAACACGGAAAGACUUAUUUCGAAGGACAGUCGAAAGCUGGAGUUCUUCCACGAUUUAAUGCCGACAGAGAAAACGCACGAGCGUUACGAGCAAAGCAUCAGGUAUCGAAUCAGCAAUCUGCAUCAUCGUACACGUUUACGGAUUUAGCUCAAAUGGUAUGCAAAGUCUCCAGAGGAAGUCGAUACGUAGAUUUGGACAUCGAUUCAGACACGGAUGAGUUAGAAGAAUACGAGGCAGAUCUAGAAGAAGAUGCACAAGAAGUAGGUUAUGCCUCUGAGCCUACUGCCGGUAUUCUAGAUCAGAGUCCCGAUGAAGCUCAUCUACGGCGAAGAACUGGUGUUUCCUUAAGUUUAUCAGAUACCGAGGCAGAGUCAGAACUAGAUUACCAUCCAAAAAUAUUUUAAGCCUUUUAGCCACUCUUACUUUAAGAUCACAUCUUUGUGAACGUACAUAGCACCCGCUCACUCACUCAUAUGUACAAAUUAUUACAACUUUACAAUCAUGCGUAGUUUUAUGAAAAAUGUAUUUAUACUAAAGUACAAAAAAUAUUCUUAAGAAAAAAUA